GGGGCUGGCGGCCGGAGCGCUGCUCGCGAGCAGAGUGCCGGGCCUCCGAGCCGUCGGCAGCCCCGGGAACAGGAGCGGAAGCUGGAGCAGGAGAAGCUCUCCGGGGUAGUGAAGAGCGUCCACCGCCGGCUCCGCAAGAAGUACCGAGAAGUGGGAGAUUUUGAUAAGAUCUGGAGAGAACACUGUGAAGAUGAGGAAACACUUUGUGAAUAUGCCGUUGCAAUGAAAAAUUUGGCAGAUAAUCAUUGGGCAAAAACUUGUGAGGGUGAAGGUCGCAUUGAAUGGUGUUGUAGUGUAUGUAGAGAAUAUUUCCAAAAUGGUGGAAAGAGAAAAGCACUUGAAAAAGAUGAAAAAAGAGCUAUACUCACCAAUAAGACCACUCCAGCCUUAAACACGCAUGAGUCUUCUAAACUUGAAGGACAUUUAACCAAUCUCAACUUUACAAACCCUGAAUUUAUAACUGAGUUGCUACAAGCCUCAGGAAAGAUCAGAUUACUUGAUGUUGGCAGCUGCUUUAACCCAUUUUUGAAGUUUGAGGAAUUUCUGACUGUUGGAAUAGACAUUGUACCUGCUGUAGAGAGUGUAUAUAAAUGUGACUUCCUGAACUUACAACUUCAGCAACCACUCCAGCUUGCACAGGAUGCUAUAGAUGCGUUUUUGAAGCAGCUGAAAAACCCUAUUGAUUCUCUUCCGGGAGAACUUUUCCAUGUGGUGGUUUUCUCUCUUCUCCUUUCCUAUUUUCCAUCACCCUACCAGCGAUGGAUUUGCUGCAAGAAAGCUCAUGAAUUGUUAGUGUUAAAUGGUUUAUUACUUAUCAUCACACCUGAUUCCUCUCAUCAGAACCGUCAUGCUAUGAUGAUGAAAAGCUGGAAGAUUGCUAUAGAGUCCCUGGGCUUUAAACGCUUCAAAUAUUCAAAGUUUUCACACAUGCAUCUGAUGGCAUUUAGGAAAACCUCCCUAAAAACUACAAGUGACUUGGUUAGUAGGAACUACCCAGGGAUGUUAUAUAUUCCUCAAGAUUUCAACAGUAUUGAAGAUGAGGAAUAUUCUAACCCUUCCUGCUAUGUUCGAUCAGAUAUAGAAGAUGAACAACUGGCAUACGGUUUCACAGAGCUCCCUGAUGCUCCAUAUGACUCAGAUUCUGGAGAAAGUCAAGCUAGUUCUAUUCCUUUCUAUGAGCUAGAGGAUCCCAUAUUACUUUUAAGUUAAUAUAAAACCAAAAGGCCCUUUCAGUCCAGACUCCUAAACUAAUGGCUUACACUAAUCGGAAAUACUAACAUGAACUCAGUACUUAAAACCUGAUUUGCAUAGAAGAAAUGCAAAGGUUUACAGAGUUUGCUAUUUUUUUCUACUUCUGGAUUUUAAAAUUUAUUCUUAUAUAGAAAGCUUAAAGUUUCAUUCAGAAUGAUUCCUGUCGUAGCAGAAACCACUGUUACUUUAGCAUUUCACACUAAGAUAUAGAAAGGUACCUUUGUUUCUCUUUAGUGCUAUUGUGAAAAAUGAAGCAUAAUUUUCUAUAUAUUUUUCUUUUCAGUUCAUUGUUGAUUUUUAAACCAUUGCAAUGGUAAGAUAUGUAGAGAGCUGUAGAUGGCACUUUGAUGACUCAUAAGUUGAAUAUGAUACAUAGAUUGGUUUAGUUUGUGAUGCACUUAUCUUUUUUUUUUAAACUCAUUUGUUAUCUAGUACAGAGAGCUGUUUUCUAUUCAAUUUUGUGUUAUGAUCCAGUGUUUCCUGACCUUUGGGAAUUGGUGAUAAGUCUUCUUCCUUUUUUCCUUCUAUUAAGCUCAUUUGGCAACAUCAGACAUCGGGAAAGAUAAUUCUCCCGAAAUAAUGAUAUUUCUCCUCUCAUUUCCUUAGCACAGUACAAGAAAUACCACUGCCAAAGUGGUAUUUUCAUAACUUUCUUAUUGAUUUGGGCCUUGGUGUUCAAUAUAUUUACCCGUGAGAGUUCACUUUUACUUUUUUAAAGUUUGGGUUUCAUUUACAAAAUUUUCUAUUU